AUGCAGCGCAUCAAUAGCGAAACAAACCUAGCAGUCCAGCUCCUGCUUGCAGUGAGCGGCGACCGCCCCAUCGUAAAGCGCACACCCAAACGCUUCGCACUACCCGCCGCCUCACCACACAUCUACCGCUCCUCCCCGAGCAGUUGCUCCGAGCCUGGCGAGACCUGCUCCGAUUCUGACGCUACUGAGCCUGCCACCUCCGCUGUCGCCUCACCGGCUAUCAUGAAGGCCACGUCCAGCCCCGUCGCCCUGUCAAAGUCGCAUCAUGGGCGAGGCGCGGACAGCACCCUGUUCAGGUACACGAGAGAGGAGAGAUUGCAGGCGCUGAAGAGGUUUCGAGACAAGAAGAGGAGAAGGCAAUUCCAGAAGAAAGUCAGAUACAUGGUCAGGAAAAGGCUCGCCGAGACACGCCCGAGAUAUAAGGGACGCUUCUCGAAGCCGCCGCCAGGCGAGAAUUAUGACGAUGGCACGCCUGGACCGCAAGCGCCGACAAAGGCAGGACAACAGCAACCAAAGUUGCCACUGCCAACUAAGAGUUCAUGAGGUGUCACUCGAUUUCGAGGCAAAGCCGUUCACGUCCCUCGCCUUCUCAUGUGUCCUUGUUGCUACUGUGUAGCUAUGCAAUCGCCUGCUUGUAGAAAUGUCGUUGGCCUCGUUGGGUUUUCGUCACUCCUUGUUCAACAAGUCUAGUAUUAUUAUGUGAAUAGCAAACAAACAAACUGUUACAAUUUUCUCGUGCGAA